UGUAAAAUUAUUUUAUCCGGAACCUUCCAACUGCUUCGUCCCAUUUUUUUAAAAUUUUUUAUCCAGAACUUUUCACCGCUUUAUUCCAUUUUCUGUGUUCAGGUUGAACUAAAGAAUGCGGUUGCUGAGUUACCAAUGGGAUUAGAAACGCACAUGCAAGAAGGAGGUGCAAAUUUCUCUGUUGGACAACGACAGUUGAUUUGCCUGGCACGCGCAUUAUUGCGACAGUCAAGAAUUCUCGUCAUCGAUGAAGCUACCGCAAACGUUGAUCCAGUGACCGAUAGUCUCAUCCAGCGGACAAUUAAAGAAUGUUUUCGUGAUGCAACAGUACUUACAAUAGCUCAUCGUCUACAUACAAUUAUGGAUUCCGAUAGAGUAAUGGUGUUUGAAAAUGGUAAAUUGAUUGAAUUUGAUCAUCCGUACACACUGCUGUGCCAAACGAACAGUGCCUUUAGUGCACUGGCACUGGAAACUGGCGAAGGAUAUGCGCAGCAGUUGAAGAGGAUCGCUGCUGUAUCGUACAACAUGAAAAAAGGAAACAAAAGCAAUAGCUAA